AUGAGCGCGGUUGCUGGGGCGAAAGAGGUCGCUGUGACGGACUACCCCGCGACGCCGAUACUCGAGACGCUUAGGAGGAAUCUUGAAGAGAACCUUGAGGCUGAGGGGAGAGCGAAGAUUGCGGUUUACGGGCACCAAUGGGGCGUUCUGGACGAUUGCUUCGCCGAGGAGCACGCGCGGCGGUAUACGAGGGUCCUCGCUGCGGACUGCCUGUGGAUGGCGCACGAACAUGAGAAUCUUGCGAGGUCCAUGGUGCAUUUCCUGUCUGACUCUCCCGACGCGAGGGUAUAUGUGGUAGCAGGAUUCCACACGGGUCGCGCGAAGGUGGCGCCGUUCUUCGAGGAGACUGUGCCGGAAGUCGGGCUAGAGGUCGCGUCGAUCUACGAGAUGAACGCCGAAGGUAAGAGGCGCGCGUGGGCGAAGGAGCGCGAUGGCGGCAGGGAGGAUGUUACCGAGAGGAAGAAGUGGUGUGUGCUUGCAAGGCUGCGUCGCCGUAGAUAG